AUGACUCGCCAAACAACGAGCAGCCAAUUUCUCCAACGACCGAAAUGUCAAAAAAUGACAGGCCGCAAAGGUCAGGAGUUUCUCCCAGCCGAUUUAGCUGCUGCAUAUGCGAGUUAUCAUGAUAAUUUGACAGAGCAAAGAAAGCUGGAAUGGAAGUUACAAGUAAUUGAUAUUGAGACAAAAUUUAUGAAGCGUGACUACCGAAUGCAAAAAGGAAUACUUGAAAGAGAGCUAAAGAAAAACGAGAACGAUUUCUGGAAGUGUCAUCGGGUAUUCUCCGCUGUAAGCUUAUUAACUGACUCUGAUUCCUAUAAGAAGGACUUGUACAUCGGACCCAAGCCAACUAAAGCAAAACUUCCUCGUAAAACUCUUAAGAGAUUAAGUCACCUGGUGCGGAGCUUACAAGCCGAGGAAGAAAUGGAAAUUCAUUCAAGAUUUGAGCGGUGUGCUCGAUAUGCACGAAGAGAAGAGCUUCUUGGUCCAGUCCCAAGUUUGACCUUGAGUGACGAGGUAAGCUCUGAUUCAUUGCAGCUGCGAGAUCUGGUGGAGAUCCGCAGCGAACAUUCAGCAAACAGCCGGAAUAACUCGGGAAGAAUAAAUAAAAUUCGCUCAGCACCAUCAAGAGUUGAGUCUAGAAAAGCAGUAGGGGAAGAAUUCGGUCGUGAAAGUCCACUGAGCAAUAUUUCAUUGAAAAGCUCAUUGACAGAGAAACCAGUUGAGACCUUUAAAUCCGUCACAAAACUUGAUGACAUUAGCAGUAUAACCCAAUGUGAAUAUAGAGUGGAACCAUCUAUAAGGCUUGCUUGGGUGGAGAAAGAACAAGUACAGGAGAUGCAGAAAGAAGUGAUCAACAGUACGUCUAAUGAAGGAGUAGCUGUACAACCAUGUGUCCAUUUCGAUGAUUCGGGGGAAAAUUCUAGGGGGAAACCACAUACUUUGCAAAGUAGCAUUGAACAGUCCGCUGACUUUAAUUUGCCUGUUCAUGUGACCUCAUCUCACCAUCGAAUAUCAGCUGAGAGCUUAGGAAAGGAUCUACCGGAAUCGAAUCUCGAAGAAUUUCAGCCAAAGGAAGCCGAGUUUGAAAAAGAUAAUGUUUGGGACGCUGAAUUUUUUCUGAAUGAUCAAACUCACCAAGUGACCUCUCCAGCGGAAGAAGGUCGGAAGGUAAUUUCGUUUGAUACCAUGAGUACAAAAGGUGAAGGUGAAUCCGCAUCCACUGUAGGAACAUCGUUGAUCAAAAUCGCCCAAGAAUACUGCAAGGAGCUUCCAACACCUACUUCAAAUGACUUAUCUAAAAAUAAAUUGUCUCUGAAACCGGCGCCAGUUAAGAAACACGCGUCGAAACGAGGCAAUGAAUCUCAAUCUAGUAAUUAUAAACGCGAACAGUUUCAGCGUGGAGAUGUUAAAAUUCCAGAUCGGGCCCCAUCUGUACGUAAUAAGAACGUUUUGAAAACAAAGGUUUUCGAGUAUUGCGCUCUCGAUAAAGCAAAGAGUAAAAGUAACGUUAAAAUGACAAAAGCUUUGCCGAAAAGUAGCUUACAAGGGCUGUCAAGCCAUCCGAAAACACUCACACCUAGAACUCAGAGAAAACCAACAGAAAAGAGCCCGCCUGCAACGAAUGAAACACCAAAGGGAAGGCAGGUGCAAAACAACCCAAACAGAAGAAGUGCUACAGGCAGAAAGUCACCAGAAAAUUUCACAGAAAUUAACAAAAAAAUUGGGGAAGACGAGACACACUUAAUCAAACACGCCCAGAAAAAAAAGAAGUGUCUCAUAUUCAAACGCAAGUGUCUGUCUGAACUUCUGUACAGUGGACAAAUUCAGGUCGAGAGCCAACUAAGGAAUAGAGUCCAAGGCUUCCUCAGUAAUAAGGACGGAGUGGAUGACUCUAGCGGAGGGACUGGAAAAGAGACACUCAUGCAUGUCGACAUUGAUGCUGUAUGA